CUGCUGUUGUGGGGUCAUAAUUAUGAUUGUUUACUGUGGGUAUAGCAACGUGCACUGCAUGCAGCCUGCAAGCAUACAGUGGUAAUAGAAGUGACAGCAAUGUUAGAAACAGAAUCAGACUUUGGCCUGCGGUGGCUGUUUAACCCAAACAGCUCUGAGUUCCUACCAAUUCAUGAGCAACUCAAACAGUACAAGACUCGUGAUCUGGCCAAGACGAAAACGUAUGCCACUGCCACGAAACUAUGGGGACUCUCGCGCAGUCGAAAGAGGGUAUUCAUCGCCCCGCCCAUGGGAGGUCACCCGGGGAAGGAUGUCAAUGUCCGACAGGCAAACACUAAACUGAAACCGUUGGACACACCCAAAACCCAAAAUGUUAAAAACAAGGACUGGGCUUUGAGUGAGCUUGAAAAAAUUGCCGCUCAUGAUAAAGAAAUUGAGGAGACAUCGAGCGAGUACAAGGCGUGGCUGGAAGACAGGAUGAAACUGCGAGACGGUUUGGAGAACCUGGGCCUGAGCGAGGAAUGGCUGAGGAAUAAACCGGAUCCCAGCCCUCUGGAACAGAGGGUGGUGGACCGCAUGAGGGAAGAGCGAUUGAGGAAACAGCUAGUCAGAAAGGAACUAUAUCAAACAAGGGAUUAUGAUCUGCAGAAAGGGCAAGAUCCCACCACCAUCAAGCUGGAAGUGCCAACUGGUGAACCGAUCACUCCUGGCAUCAGAAGGCCUCCGCCAGAAGCCAUGGCCAUCAUCGCCAAGUACCUGACAGCCAGGAGACACAGACUGAUUGACCUGUUUGCCCGGGCUGACAAGGACAAGAGCUGGACGCUGACAAGGAUGGAGUUUCAGCGAUGCAUUAAGGAGGCCGGCAUUCCAAUCUCCAGCCAGCUUCUCUCAGAUCUACUAGAGAGCUUGGACCAGGAUUCCAACGACGUGAUUGACUACAGGGAGUUUGUACGCGGGAUGAAAGAUUUCAGGAUUGAUGAGAGGAAGAAGGUCUCCUUGGCUUUAAAUAAAGGCAAAGAAACGGCAGGAGACCUGAAACCCUCCCCAAGCCCCACCUCUCCGUCCUCAGACCUGCGUCGUUCCGUCUCGCAACGCUCGGUGUCCGCAGUCUCUGGAGCAUCCUCGUCGCAGUCCCCAACCGACUUCACGUCCAGGUCUUCAUCCCCGUAUCUGUUGCCCCCGGUAACCGAUCUGACGGAGCGGCGCGAGCUGGAGCCGGACGAUAUGAUCGAGAAGAGGAAACGAGAGAAGCAUCUUGGGACUUUGAGGAAGAAGAAAGGCAAGAGUAAGGGUGUUGGCAAGGUUCGGACCGGCAACCCGGCCAUAGAUAGUCACAGUAUGCGGUCAACCAUCGGAGGAGAGACAGGGUCUGGCAUCAAUCAGUACAGAGAGGCUAGACUCAAGGAGUACCAUGAUAUCUGCAAGCUGUGUGAGAGACAUGAUAUAGAUCUGACGCCACAGCUACUAGAACGAGCUCUACUCCACCCUGGCGACAAGCCAGUCCAUCGCAUCAGUUCCCACAUCCGACAGCCCGGCACCUACACCCUCUCCCAGCACUUCGCUGACCCCCCUGCCCCCAGCGAGCCCCCUCCCAAGUACCACGACCCCGAUAAGGUCGUGGUGACUCGCAGCGGUGAGUUGAUGAUGGAGGCUAAACAUGCUUAUCCCCAGGGACACGAGGUGCGAGCUGAGCCCGAGAUGAUGGCUCUGUCCAGCGGCAAGGCCUUCGUGAGUCGCAAGGUAGACUGCUGGAUGACGUUUGAGGAGUACGAUCGCCUCACCAGGCAUCUUGGCAAGCGCUACGUGACUCUGGAUGGGGCCGGAGUUGAUCCCAAUGCCUUCUGGCCAGGCCAGCUACUAGACAAGAUAUGCCUAUGCAUGCCAGGCAUAGACAAGCCCAGUACGGAUAGCAUCUUCACGUCAAAGCGAUCAACCACGCACAGGGCCUACCCAGGCUACAACAACGACCUGAAAUGGUGGCCAAUCAGUGAACAAGGCUACAUGAUGCCGGCGGAUUAUGAACAAAACAAAGUCUACAGUGUAGACUGGAAGUGAAUAAUAUUGAUCAAAUUGUAAUGUAUUAACACUUGUGACUUCCUAGGUAACAUUUCUAAGCUAAUUAUUCAUCAUAUUAAGACGCUUUAUCAUCACAUUAGGUUUGCCCUUCACCGACGUAUAAAAACUGUAUACUCAGUGUGUUA